AUGGUGCCUCCCAUUCGCGCCCCUGAAACUGUCCAAGAACAGAACCUGUCAGCCACUAAGAACGAAUUCACGAACCCUUACGCGACAAAGAUCCCCAAGGAGUCCAUCCUCGCUUUGUUUCCCAACGAGGAAACCUGGAAAACCGUGUCGACCGCUGCGCGACAGAACUCCCGCUUCCACAAAAACAACAUCAUGGCGCAAAUCCUCUACCUCAGCUGUCUGAAGAACUGCGUCCUCCCGGAACUGAUACAGCGAGGCAAUCUCCUAGCACAAGACACUUUCCCCUUCUCGGCGAUGCCUCAGGUUAUCAAUGACAACCAACGCGCGUGGAUCAGUUGGGCCGUCUCACUCGACGAAACCAUCGCCAAUGCCCUCAAGCAGCUCAACUGGCUGGAGCUCCUUGAGAAAGAAUACGAAUCCGCUAAGUCACUCUGGACAAGCUUCUGGCCUCUACACCAAGAAGAAGAGCGACAAAAAGCCCCUUGCCCCCUAACGGACCAAGUAAUGCCACUAUGUGCCACUUUAGCUGAGUUGGAGGUGGUUUAUGAGAAAUUGGCAGGGCACAACCGACGCAGACUGUUCUUGCAGACGAAGAUGAUCCAAGGCAAGGAUUGGGUGGCGCGGCUGCUUGAGAUGGUGCCACCGUGGAUUGAGUGGGAAGAGGUCGUCAGGGCGAUGUUGACUGCUGGGACGGGCGGACAGUCUCAGAGUAACGGAGCGGCUGGAGAGCCGGAAGGUGGGGUUGUCGAGGACAUGGAAGAUGAGGAACAAUUUGACUUGUAG